GGAGGAAGAAAAUUUAAUUUUAAUAAAACUGAGAAGCUAAAUUCGAGAAAAAAUGGGGACGAAUUUUUUGUUGAUUUUGCUAUGAUUCUUUACGAUGGUGUUUAUAAUAGUUGUAAUCCUGAGAUGUCUGAACAGCUGUAUUCUAAAAAUUUUUGUUAUGAUGAAGAAAAAUAUUUUCAAAAUUAUUGCGAUUUGGAUAAGAUGAGUAAACCGAUUAAUGCUACAUUUGAUGUAAGUCAACCUUCAAACGGAUGGAUUAAGGGUUAUUUGAGAGGAUAUCAGUGGAUAUGA